CAUAAUAUUUGCUAUUGAUUUGGCACACGUUUGCGGCGGGAAUUUAGCGAGCGGAAGAAAAAUCGCCAGAAAAAUAGCUUCGACUCUCCAGCCUACCAGACUCAAAAGCCUCAGCAUUGUCCACCACGACUCUUUGAGGAAAAUCCGACAAUAAUCAACACUACAGACAAAAUGUCGGACGGAGAAGAGACCCAAUCUAACCCCCCCGUCGCCGCCGACGAGGUCGAGGUCAGCGCUGAUGCCGGCACCUCCGGCCAGAUGUCCGUCCUCGACGCUCUCAAGGGCGUCCUCCGCAUUUCGCUGAUCCACGACGGUCUUGCCCGUGGUCUCCGCGAGGCUGCUAAGACCCUUGACCGUCGCGAGGCUCACAUGUGUGUGCUCAACGAGGGCUGCGAGGAGGAGGCUUACAAGAAGCUGGUUGUUGCGCUUUGCUCGGAGCACAAGAUCCCCUUGAUCAAGGUUCCUGAUGGAAAGAUGCUCGGCGAGUGGGUUGGCCUUUGCCAGCUCGACCGUGAGGGUAACGCCCGCAAGGUCGUCAACUGCUCUUGCGUUGUCGUCAAGGACUGGGGUGAGGAGUCGCAGGAGCGCUCUGUCCUCCUCAACUACUUCCAGACUGAGCAGUAAGCGCCUCGCUUCCUCGGCGAUGACUCGGUGGAUUAUGAUGUGAUGUGUUAUGGAUAAGAUGACGGGGUGAAUGGGACUGGGAUGGAUUAGUUUUCAGGCUCGGUUCUGUUUCUAUUUUCUUGUCAUGUUGGAAUGUCUGUAGCCCAUCUAUCUAACAUUGGGUUUGUGCGUGUCAUGAUGAGUGGCAUUGCAUGCUUACAAACAAUAUUUUUUCCACAAACUAUUGUUCGAAGUGUUAGAAAGAGUGAUCAGUAGAUUCUAACGUAAAGUACACUAUUUUACCAAUCAACCAAAUAUGUAAAAGAAUGGACAUAUAGCACAGA